UCUGAGCUCAGUGGCCACCACGCACUGGGGCGCACCCCCUCGGGCACCCGGCGGCCAGGAGGCAGCGGGCAGCUCUCGGGGAGAGGAGCGUGCAGGGUCCGGCCACCGCUUGGAACCCGCAGCCAUGCGCCCCCGAACCAACCUCCUCUCCUCCUUGGGCUCCAGGGGACCAGGAGAAGAGCGUGCGGGGCGGCCCCGACACCGCUCCGAGCGCGCAGCCAUGCGCCCCCGCGCAGCCCCCCGCACCCCCGCGGGCGCGCUCGGGCUCUGCAGCCUCCUGCUGCUAGUUGGCCCCGGGCAGGGGUGUCCCGCCGGCUGCACCUGCACCGAUCCCCACACCGUGGACUGUCGCGACCGCGGGCUGCCCAGCGUGCCGGACCCCUUCCCCCUGGACGUGCGCAAGUUGCUGGUAGCCGGCAACCGCAUCCAGCACAUCCCCGAGGACUUCUUCAUCUUCUAUGGCGAUCUGGUCUACCUGGACUUCAGGAACAACUCUCUGCGCUCGCUGGAGGAAGGUACGUUCAGCGGCUCUGCCAAACUCGCCUUCCUGGACCUGAGCUACAACAACCUGACCCAGCUGGGGGCCGGCGCCUUCCGCUCCGCCGGGCGGCUGGUGAAGCUGAGCCUGGCCAACAACAAACUGGCAGGUGUGCACGAGGCCGCCUUCGAGACCCUGGAGUCGCUGCAGGUGCUGGAGCUCAACGACAACAACCUCCGCAGCCUCAGCGUGACAGUUCUGGACGCGCUGCCCGCGCUGCGCACCUUGCGCCUGGAUGGCAACCCCUGGCGCUGCGACUGUAACUUUGCUCACCUCUUCUCCUGGAUCCAGGAGAACGAAUCCAAGCUUCCCAAAGAAAAACACCAACAAGAAGAGCCAUUGAGGACUUCACUAAGAACUGAGAAGAAGUCAGAGGUCUGCAGGAAAUCCAGUGCUCUCUGCCCAUGGAGAAUAGAAGGAUAUUCCUGCAUGAGCUGUCAGAGGCCAGCUUCAGCGAAUGCAAGUUCAGCCUGUCCCUCACGGACCUCUUCAUCAUCAUCUUUUCGGGCAUUGCCGUGUCCAUCGCAGCAAUAAUCUCCAGCUUCUUUCUGGCUACUGUGGUGCAGUGUUUCCAGAGGUGCACUCCUAACAAGGACACUGAGGAGGAAGAUGAGGAUGAAGACGACUGAGCCGCCUCCUCUCUGUUCCUCAUCUUCUGGAAACUAAGCCUGUGGUUCCCCUCUGAGGAGAAAGGGCAAGGCUGCAGAGGGAAAAGAAGUGACCACCAUCCAUGCCCAGAGUCCCACUUGUUCUGUGCCUGGCAUCCUGGGCUCCUGGUAGGAUUCCCAUCUCUGAGUUUAGAUUGGGCAGAGCACAGAAACCCAGGAAGGAUUCCUGGACGGAGGCCUGCCUAUCUCCUGGCUUGAGCUGUGUGUUUGGGGAGAAGGGGACUGAGUCAGGCUUUGUAGCCACUGCCUGAAAACCAAUGAGGGAGAAUGAGAGACCUGCAGCUCUCCACUACAGAGAUGAUUUUGUGAUGACCAUUUCUUGGGCCUGGACUGGGAGACCAUGCAGUGUCUCUGACCCCCUAGAAAGUAGUCUCUCAGGUAAUGGAGAUGUGAUUCCAGGUCCCACUGUAGGGGGCAGGACUUCUGUUACUGCCUUCAGAAAUCUUGGGAUGUUGCACAGAAGAGAGACCCAUGUUUGGCUAAAGUGGCACCUAGGAGACGGCUUAGAACUGGACAGACGGUGCUUGUUUAUACUUUGGCGAGCAAUUGGGAAAACUUUCAUUGGCAUAAUUCAAACCUUAAUCCUUAUCCUGAUAUGUAGCAACCUGCAGAGGAAGGAUAGUCAUUUUGCCUGCACAGUACUGAUCACUUCUUCACAGUCAUUAUUUCCUGAGAAGACAAGUUGUGUCCCCUUCCUGUGCCCCCACAAGUCCUAUCCAAGUUCCCUUCGGUCUAGUGAUGCCAUCCUCUGACCUGGCUCUUUUCCAGAUUUGUCAUCUGAACAUGUGGUGAACUUUCCCAGAGGCCAGUGUUCUAAUAAGCAGGUUGCAUUGGACCAACAAAAUGUUAAAGAAGAGAAAACAGAGGAGGACUUAACCUCUGAAAAACCUCCAUCAGUGGCCUUAGGGUGUGUAUGACAUUUUUUUGGAGCAUCAGUUGUGACAGGGAAGAAUUUUGCAGGAAGUGAAAUGUGGCAAUUUGGUUCAGAGACAGGAUGAAAUGGUUGUAUGGGUGCAGCUGGUUAAUGCAAGCUGACAUGUUGUGUUAGCAGCAUCGGACCUUGCUGGGGACUGAGAUUUGCAGGAGAGACUCUACGAAGCUCCUGGGGGGUAUUUCUGGGAAUCACCUCUCAUUGUUUCUCACAAUAUAUUCUUUGUCUCCUUC